AUGGAGCUGUCGGACAACAUGGAGGCGGACGCAACCGCACCACCCAACAAGCCUCCAGAAGAGUAUCUCAAGAGUAUUCUGCCAAGCAAUACCCAACAAGCUCUACGAGACACCAGUACCCCUCUAUACAGAGCUUUUGAGUGGGCAGCCAUGGAUCCCAAUCUAUUCAGUUAUCCGCCAUGGCGAGUUCUACAGCGCAUGGCAUUGGCUGUGUUCUAUUUUUCCACGGGAGGACCAGGCUGGACAAAGAGCACGAACUGGCUCAACUAUUCUCAUCAUGAGUGCACUUGGUACAGUUCUGAGGUUCCGCCUGGUGUGCGGGGAAUCAUAUUGGAGUACUCUGAUUUUGUGUCUGCCUUUUGGGAUGAACCAGCCUGUACAAACAAUAACGACAGCAAUGCUUUUACAAAGCUGCAAAUGUCGGUGAACAAUAUGAGAGGAACCAUCCCAGAAGAAGUUUGCUGGAUAUCGUCGUUGCAAGCGAUCGUGUUGACAGCCGAGCCUCAACUAGGCGGGACACUCCCGUCGUGCUUUCACAAAGUACCAGACCUCAAGUUGCUGGCCAUUAUCACAGCUGACAUCACAGGCAGCAUUCCAACCGAAAUCGGGCUUUGUACAAACCUUGAUGGCAUUGGGUUAGCAGUCAAUAGAUUGAAAGGAAGAGUGCCCUCUGAACUGGGUCUAUUGACAAACCUGAAAGAGCUCUUCUUGAAUGAUAACGAACUGACUGGAACGAUACCACCUUCAGUCCAAAACCUUGUAGGGUUGAAUGGCCUUGCCGUGAGUAGGAACCACCUCGUUGGAGCUUUUCCUUCGGAAGUGUUUCAGUUGCAGAAACUGGAUCGGUUGUAUCUUGGAAUCAAUGAAUUCACGGGUACGCUGUCCUCUGAGUUGGGACUCCUCACAGACUUGGAAGUUUUGUUCUUGGAAGACAACCCGUUUCUUACGGGAAGGGUUCCAUCCGAAGUGGGGCGGCUAGCCAAGUUGAAGCGCUUCGAUGUUGGAUCCAAUUCGUUUUCGGGGACUUUGCCGAUUGAAAUAUUCAGCAUGUCGAGCCUUGUCGAACUCAAGCUUCGGAACAACAGCCUCUCUGGGGUUAUCCUGUUCGGAUUCGGGCAACUUGACAAUUUGGUUGUGAUGGACCUUGCCAACAACAAGUUCAACAGUUUCAUCUCUGGGGAUAUCGGCGCACUCAGCAGCUUGCGAAUAUUGGAUGUUUCCCACAACGUCAUGUCUUGGUCAAUACCAAGUGAGCUUGGUUUGCUUAACCUUACUUCGUUGGCAGCUUCCGACAAUUUCUUUGCCGGACAAAUUCCGUCAGAACUUGGCGAAUGCAGCUACCUACAACAGUUGAAUCUUGCGCACAGUGGUCUGUCUGGGAAUGUGCCCUCGGAGCUCACUAGUCUUCAACCAACGCUGCACACUGUUGCUCUGGAAGGCAAUCCUAGGUUAUAUGGCACAAUCCCCUCAAGUAUUUGCAAUAUCAGUGGCACCUGCAUUGGAGAUUACUUUUAUGAAUGCCAAGGUCCCUAUGGCUUGUCUUUUGAUUGCACCGGCGUGCUGUGUGGCUGUGGUUGCUCCUGUUGGGCCAAAUAG